GAACACUGGAAAAAAAACAAAGUCCGUCAUUUCAGUCCGCAUCCGCGCCGCGCGUCGAUCGUACGUGCGCGGUUGGUAAAAACUCCCGCCAAUAUAAUACGGUGAAUUUAAUCGAAAAAGUUUUUAUGUGUAGUGUUAACAAUUUCGAACUUUUAAAUAAAGGAGUGAAGGAUUUUCUUAUACGCCGGGUCGGCUUUACUACCAAUAUUAUUUUGUGUGAUAGAGAAUGAACUAAGCAAGAAAAAAUAAUCUAGGAGGAAAAAAAUUCUGUAACCAUGUCUAGUAACGCAGAAAAUGGUAUCGGCGAUGAUGCUAAUGGAACUACGUAUUAUUUUUCCAAAGGGCGAUCGAGCGCGACGCUAUGGCAGAGAAUCAGCCUAUUUCUAUCCAUUUACUGGAAAGCUCUGAUCGUGGUUAUCGCACCUUUGAUUUUAUUGCCAAUACCUAUAAUGAACUCUGCCUCGGAAUCAGCUCGUGCUUACAAAUGUAUGUACGUUGUCUUGAUAAUGGCGACAUACUGGGUACUCGAACUGCUACCUCUACCAGUAACUUCAAUGCUGCCCAUCGUACUCUUCCCUACUAUGGGUAUCUUGGAUUCAGAUAAAACAUGUGCAGCGUAUAUGAAGGAAACCAAUAUGAUGUUCAUGGGCGGUCUUAUGAUAGCUGCAGGAGUUCAGCACUCGAAGCUUCCAAAAAGAAUCGCGCUGUGGACAGUUCAGGUCGUUGGAUGCUCGCAUAGGAGACUAAACUUGGGUCUGACGUUCGUAACGAUGUUCAUAUCGAUGUGGGUGUCGAACGCAGCCGCUACAACCAUGAUGGUGCCCAUAGUCGAAGCCAUUCUCGAAGUACUGGAGCAGCAAGGUCUCGGUGACGUGUACAUCAACAAAAAGAAGCCACUUACUGAAAACGGAAAGGACACGAAGGCCAUUCAAGACAAACUUACAGAUGAAGAAACGCCAAUGCCCAGUGAUAUAACCAUCUGCUACUACUUAAGUAUAGCGUACGCCUCAACAUUGGGCGGUUGUGGGACCCUUGUCGGAACUGCUACCAACUCUGCCUUCAAGGGCAUCUUCGAUUCGGAAUUCCCCGAAGUAUCAGGCUCGGUGGACUUCUUCUGGUUCAUGGCGUACAGUACACCACCAAUGUUGCUGAUGCAGAUUUUGGUCUGGGUAUCCUUGCAGAUCACUUACAUGGGACUGUUCAGACCGAACAGUGAAGCUGCGAAGAAGGUGAACAGGGCGUCAUCAGGUUCAGAUAACACGAUGAAGGUCAUCAGGGAGCAGUACAAGGGAUUAGGGCCGGUCACUUUCCAUGAGAAGGCUUCAGGUUUACUGUUCCUGUUCGCCGUGUUUCUCUACAUCUUCAGGAAGCCAGGGUUCAUGCCUGGGUGGGCUGACGUCAUCACAUCCAUGAAAGUGAAAGACGGCGUGGUGUCCAUGUUCAUCGUGAUCUUAAUGUUCAUUCUGCCGAUGUCGGUGGACUUCUGCAAAUUUUUCUCACCGUCUGUUUCAUAUGAAGAAUUGGCAAAUUCAAAGCCGUCACCUGGUGUUGUCACCUGGAACAUCUUGAAGGAGAAAAUUCCUUGGGGUCUUCUUUUCUUGUUGGGCGGCGGGUUCGCGCUGGCCGAGGGCAGCAAGGCGACGGGGCUGUCGGCCAUGAUCGGCGCCUCGCUCACCGGCCUGCACGGCGCGCCCGCGCCCGUCGUGCUGCUGGCCGUGGUGCUGGUCACGCAGUUCAUCACUGAGUUCACCUCCAACGUGGCCAUCGCCAACCUCAUCCUGCCCGUGCUGGCCAACAUGGCUCGUACACUAGACAUGGACCCUCGCUACUUGAUGAUACCAGCAACACUGGCGUGCUCCAUGGCCUUCCACAUGCCAGUGGGAACACCCCCCAACGCUAUUGUUGCUGGUGUCGCCCAUAUACCAACUUCUAAGAUGGCUAUUGGUGGUAUUGGACCCAAGAUAGUCUCAACCCUCAUCGUAUGGGGAGCUUACCCCACUUGGGGCUCACUGAUCUUCAAACCAGAAGACAUCGCAGCCCUGGAGAACCCUACAUCAUCAGUUCACAAGGUCACCAAGAACAUCACCUUGAACUGCAACGUACUGCCGACCGAUUUGAGUCCGGACAAAGCCUUCAACUGUACUUUACCAACUUCGAAUAUGGCUAAUCAAAAGUUAGCACUGAAUGUGAGUAAUAGUGCCUUUACUUGUAACUAUUUUCCAUUUAAAAAGAGUUAAAUACAAAUUAUUAGUUUCAUGGAUUUAAGCUAUAUUGGUGCUUUUGAUAUUCUUUUGUACCAAUUUUGCAAGCUUGACCAAUGUUGACUAUUUUUGGACAAUUUUGGACAAGGUGGUGAAAAAAAUCUCAAAAUUGUCAAUAAAAGUUAGCAAAUUAAUUUUUAAAUAUGAAUUUUUAGUGAAUCAACAAGUAUAUAUCAAUUGGGGGAGAUAAUAUCACCGCUGUAAUUAAAUCUACCAGUGGUUUUAAAGUAAAUAAAUCAUGAGCAUUUGUGUUCAAUACAAAAUAAAGCAUUUAUAUAUUUUUAUAUAAACGUUUUCUACUACUCAUAAAGUCAGAAAUUAGUUUUUUUUGGUAAAUUUGGGUCAUUAGAACUCUACACCAGACUACACAUUUUUCAAUUCAAAGUAAAGAAAAAUAAGAUAAAUAGUAAUUUCCUACUUUAUGCGUAUGAGAGACCAAAAUGCAUGACAUUAUCAAAAUGUAUGCAGUUUAAUCGCGUUAAAAAAAAUAGCGACUCAACGCUGUCACUCAGUUUAAACACGCUCAUUUACCAAUUAAAUCGUAUGAAAAUAGAAUGCCUCUCUUAAUGGCUUCAACUGGUUCAUUUGAACACGGCGUCUAACUACGAUUUAGGAUCAAGGGGCGUAGCUUACUUAAGUGAAGCUAUGAGUAACUACUUUCUUAACGCGAAUACACUACAGGUAUAUACGUAUAUACUUCAUUGACAUGAAGUUUUCUUAUCUUGUAAAAAAAACUUUAUUUUUUCGUUUUAUUUUUGGGGGGUAAAAAUUAAUAUAUUUCGCUUUAAUUUUGUUGACAAGGUGGUUUUUACGAAAAGUUAUUACGAGUGCGUGAUAUAGAACGGUGAUGCGGGUGAGGACUUAGUAAAUUUGUAGUGCGACAUUUAUUUUAUUUACAUCCAUAUGCAUUGCAUGCACGCAUGCAUGGAAAUUUGGCAUAAUGCCAAACUGCCAAUUCUGCAUAAUGUGCCACUUGAUUGUGAUAACAUAAAAAUAAUAAAUAAAGUAAACGUCGUAUAUUUAGUAUUAUCAAUAACUUAUUUCUUGUCCAAAACGGAUGUUCCUAGUUAUAUUUAGAUUAUUGAUAUUUUUUUAAAAAUAGGUCUGAUAUUUUUAUUAUAAUAAAUAUUUAUAGCGAAAUGUAUUAUAAAACGCUCUGCUAAUCACUGGCGUGCCAGUUACAUAGUAGUGUGAUAUUUAGUGCCAUUUAUUAAACAUUUAGCCAUUAUUAUUUUAAUGUUCACAACUUACACUUUAAAUUUUUCUUUACUAUAGAUUUUCUUUAUUUCUCUAGAACGUACUCUGUAAUGUUCUUUUAGAGAAUGUCUUAACUCUAUCUUGUUUGAAUAAACUUUUAAUACAGAAUUUACAACUGAGAAUAUAAUAAUGUAAAUAUAUGCCCGGUGGAAAUAUUUGUUUGGAAGAAUUAUUGAGAAAUCUUCAUAAGCCUUAAAAAUACUUUUAAAAUAAUAAGUCUUUACAACUCUGUAAAACUCUGAAAAGGUCAAAUAUUCUCUGAAAUUUCAGACUUUAUUUCGGAGUCCGAUCUUCUUUUAAAAGUCUUAUUAAGACUUGAAGAUUUUUUUCAAACAUAUCCAAACACAAAUAUAUCCAUCAGGGUAUUCCUUUUAUGGCCUGUUCGCCGGUUGCCGUUGAUGCUAUUUGACAGUUGACGUUAUCCAUCAGAUAAAGUUCAUAGUAUAAUUAUUAUUUUAUUCGACCGAAUUUUUCUAUAUUCAUGGAUUAUUUCUAUUCGUGUCUAUCGCAGUUAUAUCUAAAGUCUACUCUACCUCCUCAGUGGUGUAGCGAGGGGGGCAAGGGAGGGGCAUCAUGCCCCGGACGCUACCCACAAAGAGGUGUAAUAGUUUUCAAAUGGGGGGGAGGGUUGAAAAGGUAUUGUGCUCCAGGCCCGUACUAAGCUCGCUAUGUCACUGUACCUUCUGCUGUUAAAGUCUAUUAGUAACGUAUGUGCAGUAUAAACUUUGCCCAUAACCGGUAAAACGGGCCUAUAAUGUAACAAGUAAUGAUUUAACGACAUCAAUUGGCAGAAUGUAAUUUCAUACAAUUGCAACAAGUUUUUAACACUGGCACGCCAGUGUUUUGGCUUUGUAUUAAAAUGUGUGGUGUACAAAAAAUUUGAGUUGUGAUCUUAAAUUUGAUGUGACACGGAAUAAAUAAUGUAAACAAUAAAAUAUAUAAUCUUAUCAAAAUAAAUAAACUAUAUACUGAUUUAGCAAAUAUCACAAUGAUUGACAUUGUUAUAUUUUUAUAAAAUAUUUUAUGAAAAUUACAGCUAGCUAAUAACUAUUAAUUAGGUAAUAUAAAUAUAUUCAGUAUCAAGAGUAUUCCGAUUUCUGCAUUUUGGAUAUUUUUGUUGCUCUAACGUAAAAUGCUAAACUAAAUGUUCUAGUGUAACUAUCAUAUUUUUGAAAUAAUGCACAAAUUUUUAUGUAAGUUUAUUUAAGGCAUUUCAGUUUAUUAAAUACGUUAAUAUUUAAACUAUUCUAAGUUCAUUACAUUCAUACAGAUAAUAAAAAUCUUGCAAAAAAAAUGAUAUAAAAAACACUAUAAAAUGUGUUAUAAUAAAUAUGUUAUAAAUUAAUUUAAGAUAUGGCAAAUUCAGGAACAUAAAGUGACUAACAAAAAUAAACUCUGAUUUAUGCAUAUUUCUUGUCUGUUUCUUGCAUUUAUUUUAUUAUAUUAUAUAAAAUACAUUUUCUGUUUUAUCUGAAUCAUAACAUGCCAAAUAUAGGUAUACCACAUGAUUACUACUUCACUCAUUUAAAAUUGUUGCCAGUAUGUACUUAUAUAUUUUUUCUUAGGUUUAUCUCAACUGAUAUGGUAAUGAGGUACGAAUAAAAAAUAAAUUAAAACAGAAAAAAUAUUUUGUUUUAAUUUAUUGUGCCAAGUGUAAAUAUGCUCAUUUGUAAAUAGCGCUGCGGUGAUCUGUAUUUUUAGUCGUUACAAGAAAUAAAAUUAUAAAAACAGUAA